AUGUCCCAAUAUUCACCUCCACGGCAACAAAAUUCACCUCAAUCGGCUAGAAGCAAACCAAGACAGCCGAGAAUUUUUGAUAAAAUGCAAGAUGAUUACAAAUCUGUUACAUCUGAGCGUGGAUGGAUAGCUAGAUGCAAUAACCUUGUUCAAACUCGCAAAGAUAUUAUGAAACAGCUCUCCACAAAUUUCGAACGUACUGCAGAUUUAUUUAAUAAAGACGAACACGAUAGAUUAUUGAACUGUUUUAAAUUAUUUAAAGAACCAGAUGAAAAUUUCUAUCAGCAGUACAACCAAUUAAACAUGGCAAUCAUAAAUCUUAAACCACAUGAAAGAACUUUCAAGAAUAAAUUAGAAAGAAUCGAAAAAGAAAUUACACAAACUAGAGUGCAAAGUGCAGCACUACUUGAAAAAAUCAAUGGCAAUAUUAAGAGUAUUUUUGAAGAUAUUGAUGCAAGGAAUAAGAGAACAACUGAAAUUCAAACGCCAGCAAUUAGACCGAAAUUAACAGCUGAACAGUUCGAUUCUCCAAUAAAUGAAUUUUAUAAUUUUGUAAAUAGGUUUGGACAUUCAGGUGGUUGGGAUUCACGUUCACAUACAGAAUUUCUCCUUCAGCUCCAAAUACACGGUCCAGAUAAUCUUGCUGACUUUCUUCCCAAUGUUGAUAAAGAAGCUGUAAAAGCUCAUAUAGAAUGGAAUAACGAAUACCAAAAGCUUAAAGUUAAAAUGAAACAGGCCUUGAAUGAGAUAAGACAGAAUAAAAUGAAGAAUGACAUAGUUGAACGCUCAUCUCCAAAAGUUGAUCCAGAAAUUGUUAAACAAAGGCUAGCUGAGCGUGAAGAACAGAAGAGGAAACAAGCCGAAUUAGAAGCACAAAGAGAAGAUGAAAUUAGAAGACAAAGAGAGCGGGAAAGACGCCAGAAAUUUGAAGAACUUCAACAAAAAGUUAAAGCAAGGAAACCAAAACCGAUUGUUGAAGCUCCAAUUGAAGAAGUAGAUCUCAGACCAAAACAAAGAUUCUCAACUAGUGAUUGGGAAAGAAUUAGAAGAAGAAAUGAUGAAAUUGAAGAAAAGAAGAAAGAAAUUAAAUUACAACAAGAGCUAGAAGCCGAAGCUAGAGCAGAAAAAGAAAGAAAACUAGCAGAAAAGAAUGCUAAGAAAUAUUCACAUGUUAAAAGAGAUCCAGAAAGGUUAAUGAAACCAACUUCUGCUAUGGGGGCCAAAGAGAAAAAGCCAGAUGAUGAAAAGAACGGACCUGUUAACUCAGUCUUUGAUAUUCCUCACAGAGCUGUUCCAAUGUGGCUUCAAUAA